GCUGUCACUUCUCGACUCGAAGAUGUCGCCAUGUCACAAUCAUCCCCAGCUCCAACGUCAUCACUUCGAUCACCCACCGCGGCAGAUCAUGAUCUCGUCUCCAAUCAUGUUGUCUCGCCACAGACGUCCGCUCCACCCGCUCCAGCACCACCACCUCCACCCCCACCCGAAGCUUCAGCUUCAGCUCCAGCUCAAACUACCCCGACAGAGACCAUGAGUCCCGCCGUGCAGGCUUACCAAACCCAGAUUAUGGACGACGCACUGGCCGCUUGCAUUGCUCAAUCUAAGAAACUCGGUGGAAUCGUUGAGCAACAUGUGGCAUUACUCGAACCCUUGUGUUCUGCCCAGUUGGCGUUCUUAGAGAUGGCAUCAAAACAUAGCAAACCUUCUGCAAAUACACUCCUUCCUCUGCUCAAACCACAGGCAGAUGCUAUCCAAGCUGUCAUGGAGACUAAAGAGACUCUAAAUCGGAGCAAAAAAGGCAGGGAAUGGGGUACAUGUUUGAGUACCGUGAGUGAAGGUGUGAGUGCUUGGGGCUGGGUACAAGUGGAACCGGCUCCAGCACCAUUCGUGACUGAGAUGAAAAGUGCCGCUCAGUUCUGGGGGGAUAGAGUGAUAAAACAAUUCAAAGAAACCAACCCGGAUGCUGUUGCUUGGUCCAAAUCAUUCUCAGAUUUACUCGAUCAGUUGCAGAAAUAUGUCAAACAAUGGCAUACCACCGGAGUAGCUUGGAACCCUAAGGGACCCCCUGCACCUUCGUCGAUUUCUACGACCAAUGCACCUUCUGCAGGUUCAGCACCACCACCUCCGCCCCCACCACCCCCUAUCGGGACUACGUCAUCUGCACCGGCAGCAGGAGGUCAAGCUGCCUUACUCGCAGCUCUCAAUCGUGGUGGUGCCGUCACUUCUGGUCUGAAGAAAGUGGACCCGUCUCAAAUGACUCACAAGAAUCCCGACUUGCGGGCAUCGGGGACAGUGCCAGAUACGAGCGUCAAGCGUUCUCCACCUGCCCUCAAGCCGAAACCUGGUUCAAGUGCUCCGACGACGACUAAGAAACCCGCGAGACUGGAAUUAGAGGGUGGGAACAAGUGGCUGGUUGAGAACCAAGAAGACAAUAAAAACAUCGUCAUUGAAGAUACUGAAUUGAACCACACUGUACACAUCUUCAGUUGCAAGAAUUCGGUCAUCAAGAUCUCCGGGAAGAUUAACGCUGUAUCAAUGGUCGGAUGCAAGAAAACUGCCGUCGUACUUGACACUGCCGUCUCCACACUAUCCAUCACCUCGUCACCCUCGUUCGAAGUUCAAAUUACAGGUACGAUCCCUACCAUCCAAAUCGAUACCACCGACUCGGGGUCCAUAUACCUGAGUAAAGAGUGCAUGGAAAAAGUGGAGAUUAUCACGAGUAAAACCAGUUCGAUCAAUAUCAGCGUUCCUACGGGGGAAGAGGGUGAUUUCGAAGAGAAACCAAUACCAGAACAAAUGCGUAGCAAGAUUGUAUCUGGUAAAAUAAUCACAGAAAUUGUAGAGCAUGCGGGGUGA